GGAUCUGCACUGUCCACAGUGACUCCCACGACAGCACCUUUGACUGUGCCAACUUCUGCUUCGUUGUCCCCUGUACCUACAUCAUGGCCCGACUGUGCUCGCCCUCUGACACCCCCCCUGUCCCACUUCAAUGUGGAUGUGAAGAACAAGCUGAGAGGGAACUCCUCCGUGUCUGCUGCUCUGCAGGCCAACGUGGAGGUGGAGAACCUCAGGGUCUCCACCUGGUUUGAAUCCCCGAGCCGACUACGUGAAAAGUCUGUGCCCUUGAGCAAGGCUCUUAAACCUAAUUGCUCCUGUAAGUCGUUGUGGAUGUCUGCUAAAUGUAAAGCUAAAUUCUACUGCUGGAAAUUCACUCACAGAACCUGGUUUCCCCUGAUUUCCACCCCUGGUGUCUCUGAAUAACAGAUUCACUUUUUAACCAAGGAGGAAGUGUCAUGCAGUGAUGCCAAGUUCAAUACAGUACAUGCAUUGUCUGUUCCUUUAACCUUAUGAUUCUUAGAUGUGUCUAGCUAGCUCCUAAGAAGUGAAAAACAGUCUGGGUUCCCCAUAAUAAAACUGCUUUGUUUGAUUAUCAGCAAUCUUUAAUUAAAUUAUUAAAUUUGUAACUGGUUGCUGACACCCUUUACAGUAACUAUGUCUUAAUCAAUGUUGUCAAUUCGAUGUCUUUUUGACGCCAUAAACUUGAACUGUCCUUUCCUGUUUGUCCCUCCCCCUUUCCCCGCCCACUGCUCUGGGUCCCCAGGACCCUUAUAAAAGUCUGCACGCUCUCCCCUCCCUAGUCAGAAUUAGAGUGAGACUCCAGUACUCUUCACUCUCUCUACACAGGCAGUGUAAAGAGUAUUUUAUCUUAGCCUCCGUAAGGGACCACAGCAAGAAGAACAGCCAUGCUAGGAGGCACCUACACUGGGUUGCUGGCUACAGCAGCCCUCCUCUGUCUGCUACAGGCAGGGACUUGCGGAAGGUGAGUCUCACUGUCAUAAUGUUGGUCUAUUGUUUAACAUCUAACAUACUCUUAGUUACUCUCCCUGGCUGUGUCUUACUCUUUCACUUCUACGAUUUACUGUCUUAGUUAUUAUUAUGUCAACAUUAGUAUUAAUAAUAAAAAUGCUGAACUUUAGUUUGUAACUUGUUCUCUGAUGCACCAUGACAUAGAGGUUAUGAUGUUGAUUUAUUGAUGUGUAGGCUAGCAAUAAAGUGUUUUACUUUGAUAUCAGUUUCUCUCCCACUGUUUUGAUUUGAUCCUAAUGUCUUCUUUCAGUGUUGAGGGUGACAGAUCAUCAGUUACAAUGAGAGAUGCAGGUAUGAAAUAGUAUGAAGGAGAAAGAAUGCUAAGUGUUGUUUUGCUUUUUUUAUUUUUCUCAAACCAACACAAUGAUUGCUGAAGGAGAAGUGAGAUUUGUCAGUAGAACUAGCAACCUAUUCAUCAGUCUGACUUAUAGGCUACACCUUUGUGCGGUUUACGUUGUUAAUUCCAGUGUCAUCCACACCCCAAAUUAACUAUUUAUUAAAAGCCUAAACAAAGAAUAGGUUUCUCAAAAAUUUACUUUACUAUUUUAAUUGAUUAUUCUCUCUCUUGUUCUCUCUCUCUCUCGCUCGCUCUCUCUCAGGGACCUGCACUGUCCACAGCGACUUCCACUACAGCACCUUUGACUGGGCCAACUUCCGCUUCGUUGUCCCCUGUACCUACGUCCUGGCCCGGGUGUGCUCGCCCUCUGAGACGCCCCUGUCCCACUUCAGUGUGGAGGUGAAGAACGAGCUGCGAGGGAACUCCUCUGUGUCUCCUGUUCUGCAGGUCAACGUGGAGGUGGAGAACCUCAGGGUCUCCUUGCACAAGAGACAGAACCACCGGGUCAUGGUGAGUACAAUAUUGGUUGUUAUUAUAAGGUUUAUUCACUAUACAAUGGGUUAUAAUGGUUUAUUGGUUCUAAUCACUUUCACAUAUGAUUUAGGCCUUUCACAUUCCAACUGGCCACGUUAAUGUUAGGUAAUGUAUCUAGACCCAGGAAAAUGUGCUAUUUGUAAUUGAGUAAUUGUACAGUCACUGCAUAAUAGUGCUAAACUUAGUUAGUCACUGGGUCUAAAAGGUCAUAUACUGUAUCUGCCAUGAACUGAUCAACUGAAAGAGUAUUUACUACAGUACAACAAAGUUCAGAGUUGGUUUACGCAAUAAUGUACAAGAAUAUGAAACCUUAUCAGGUUUUUGAAAGUUAUAUGGGACAUAAGAGGAUUUGUAUUUUGUCCCCUAUUCCAAAGUAUUGAACACAUUGAUCCGGUAAAUAUUUAUUACAUGCUACCGUAGAUUACUGUGUGAACGGCAAAGAAAGACCAAAGUCUUUGAAGCAAACCAAUCUUUAUCAUGUUUUCAGGUCAACGGCAUUUGGAAGAAACUCCCACUGAGCCUCAACGGUGGUACCAUCAACAUCCGAGGCAAUGCUGCUUCCAUCAUCCUGGAGACUAACUUCAACCUUUUUGUAUCCUACGAUGACACCUGUGCCGUCCAUAUCACCGUCCCUGCCUCGUACUCCGGUAAAGUCUGCGGCAUGUGCGGGAACUUCAACCACCUGAGUGACGAUGACUACCGCACAGCUGACGGUUCCGAGGCCCCCAACGCUACCACGUUUGGCCAGAGCUGGCAGAGCCAGAAGGCCUGUCAGUCAACCGUCGUCCCCCAUGAGUGUCCCCCCAUGGAGGAGGCAGAGUACUCUAGCGAGCCCUACUGUGGGUCCCUGGUCUCCAGGCACGGGCCCUUCGCAGAAUGCCAGUCUGUCCUGGGAGCCGAGAGCUACUUCCGGAGCUGUGUGGCGGGGAUGUGUGGAGCAGGUGGUGGCCUGGAGGUGCUGUGUGAGGCCCUGCAGUCCUAUGCUGAUAUGUGCCUCAAGGCCGGGGGGCUCGUACCUGCCUGGAGGAACUUGACUAUGUGUCGUAAGUUGUUUUAUGGUUUCCUCUUUUGAUUACUAACCAUCCUGCUGUUAUUAACUAUUGAAGUUGGAAACAACUUGAUGAUGAUGACGAUAGCCUUCUAGACAUUUGACUAAAUUCUCUGCCCUUUCCUUCCCUCCCCAGCCCUGGAGUGUGGUGCGAACAGCCAUUACAACACCUGUGCUGAGGGCUGCCCUGAGGCCUGCUCCAGUAUGGACACCCAAGGGGCAUGUGGAAGCUGUGAGGAGAGGUGUGAGUGCGACCCGGGCUUCAAGCUCAGUGGGGGGAGGUGUGUCUCUGCAGAGGACUGUGGCUGCUGGAUGAACGGAGAGCACUAUGAGGUAAGGAAUAGAUUUAGGUUGAUAGCAAAAUAUCAACACAGACAGACAGUAAGAAACACACACACACAAACACAUCUCUUUUCUUCACUUUUUUUCAGAAAGGAGCAACGUUCAUGGACGGUGAGUGUGAUCGUGUGUGCCAGUGUAUGGGCGGGGGCGGGGGCAGAUUCCAGUGUUCUGCUUCCUCCUGCGCGGCUGACGAGGUGUGCAAGGUCAAAGAGGGGGUCAAAGGUUGCUUCCACUCCACCCCGGCCAUCUGCCGCGUCUACGGAGACCCCCACUAUAUCACCUUUGACGGCAAGGCAUACACCUUCCAGGGGGGCUGCAGCUACACCCUGGCCAAGACAUGCGGCACACACACACCCGUCCAGUUCUCAGUGACGGGACAGAACUGGAACCCGGGUAGCGAGAGCAAUGCUAAGCUGGCCGCAGUGGUUCUGGAGACCAACGGUCUGCAUUUGAAGAUGGAUAACUGCAGCACCACUGUAAGAAUGAAAACUACGACAUUUUGAAAUAAUAUUUAUUUAUGCCUCCAGAACUUUCACUAAUCAGCUCUGAGUGUGCGGUAGAUUCUGCCUAUUAUUUACUUGUUACAUUAACAUGCAUUGCUGACCCACUGGACGUUGCCCUCCUAUUAACCCCCACCCCCUCCCCACUUCCCUGUGUCGCUUUGGUACAACAGGUCAAAUAAACUAUAUAGACUAGUACUAGAGAAUCUAACUAUACCUAUCACUUCUAUGUUUUUAUUUGUAUUUGCAACAGUUCAGUGUACUUUAGUUUCUACAAUUUGUCCAAUGAGACAGUGGAGACAUACUUUACUCUAAACAACAAUUCAAUUUAAUUCAGUUCAGUUCUACUGUCAUCUAUUUUACUUGGCUCCACUCUACCUUACUCUGCCCUACCCAUCCCUACUCUCCACUGCAGGUGAACCAUGUUUGGCAGCAUCUUCCUAUUGCAGUAAACGGCACAUACGGCGAGGUGAAGCUGUACAAGAAGAAGCAGUACACUGUCAUGGAGACAACCUUUGGCCUCCAGAUGCUGCUGGAUGAUCAUCACAGGCUCUUCCUGCAGCUGGACGAGCGCUACAAGGGUGAGAUGUGCGGCCUCUGUGGUACCUACUCUGACGACCAGGGGGAUGACUUCCUGACCCCCAAUGGCACCAAACCCGAGACCAACGUGGUCACGUUCGCCAACAGCUGGAGAGUGAAGAGUCCGGAGGACGAUCAGUGAGUGGGUUGGAUGUUUUGAACCAUAACGGUAACAUACUGUACAUUAUGUUACCAUUACGUUUGUAGUGGAUGAGCGUAUCCAGCCAUCAACUGAAAAAUGCGGAACCGUCAUUGUAUCAUCAACACUAAUCUUUUAACAUAUCAAUAAAUCCAAUACAUAACACCACUGAUCUCCUCUCAUUUCCCCUCUCCUCUAGCUGUGUUGCCUCCCCACCUGCCCCCCAACCAUGUGACCCCCAUUUGGACAACCAGGGCUACCAGGAGUGUUCCAAGCUGCUGCGUGACACCUUCAAGCCCUGCCACCCAUUUGUCCACCCCACGUCCUACAUAUACAGCUGUAUGUCCGACCACUGUGCCUCCGGCGGGGACAUGCAUGUGACAUGUUACUCCCUGAAGUCCUACGUGACCGCCUGUCAGGUGGCCAAUGUUACCCUGCCUCCCUGGUGUAAUGACACUGCCUGUGGUGAGUGUGGUAUGGUGUGAUUGUUUUCAUAAUGAUGAUGCUGCUGCUGCUGAGGAUGAUGAUGGCAAUGAUGAUGAUGCUGACGGAUUGGGUUUAGUUAAUGUAGAGCCAAUCAUUAGGUUUUAAUCUGACUUACAUUUGGUAAUAGACCCACUACUACGGUGAGGCUGUCCUAAUAUCAACACCGUACUAUGAUUGUAUGGAGGUUGCUCACCCCAUCCAUCAUCCUACACUUUGGUUUUUGCUGUGGUCUUCAACUUGGAUUCUUCAUUCCUUCCUCUAUUCUUAUUUUCCUUCCCCUCUUCCAUCCCUUAUUCCUGCCCUCUUUUUACUCCCCUCCCCCCUCCUCCUCCUCUUACUUUCCCCUUCCUCCCAUCCAACUGAGGCUUGUCCAAUGUGUUCCUGUGAAAAACCCUGCUCUGUCUUAUUAUUGCAGAUAGUCUACCUGGCCCUCCCACAAAACCACCAGUUACUACACCUGACAAGAAAUGUAAGAACGUUGACCACAUGAUUUUCCAAUGGCAGCAUUUCCAUUCCUUUGAUACCAGCUGGUUUAUUUGGUGACUGAGUUUUCUAUGGCAUCCUACAGUUUGUCCUCUAGACUGCAACUUUGACAACAGCGAGUGUGGGUGGGAGCAAAUUGUUCAGGACAGUUUUGAUUGGAGGAGACAGAGAGGCCCAACCCCGUCUGACCUCACAGGGCCAACCCAGGACCAUACCACAGGAGGUGAGAGGUUACAUGGUUGUGCCCCCAAAAAAAUCUGAAAUGACCAAAGUGCAUCAUCCACUGUUUCUGAGAUUGCACAUUAUUCAAUGAAUGCGACAAUACAUGGUUGUAGCCUAUCGACUUGUACAAACAGUGAUAUAUCAAUACCUAUCUACAUAGUGGACACCAUAGACACCAUGGAAGCUAGCCAUUUCAGAGCUAAUAUGCUGGGAGUCAUGAUGUUAAAGAGUGUCUGUGUGUGUUUGUUGGUCAGGUGGCUCCUACAUGUACAUUGAGGGCGAUGGUGUGUAUUACGGAGACUCUGCCCGUAUGAUAAGCCCUAAGUGCCAAAAAGGGGCGACCCAAUACUGCCUGCACUUCUGGUACCACAUGUACGGACAGGCCAAGGCCAUGAUUCUCAAUGUCUACCAGCUUGACGAGCACGACAGACACAGGAAACUGUGGUCCAAAGCCAACAACCAGGGCGCCACAUGGUAUCCUGCAAAAGUGGAUAUCAAUAUCGAUGGGUCAUUCCAGGUAGGAGAAGGUAUCAGAGGUUUUUAGAGGGUUAAAUAGUGUGAAAUGAUUGUGGUUUUACCAAGAGAGGGGAGAUUGUUUUUCACCCAACACAAAAUGGCUCUGUUUCAGAUCAUCAUGGAGGGAAUCCGAGGCUCUGACCUUCAGUCUGACGUGGCAUUUGACGACGUCUCCAUCCAGUAUGGAUCAUGUUCAGGUGAACUUUGUAACUAUCAUAGGGACGCAUGCUACAUCUAAACACUGGAUGUCAGAUGAGGAAACAUUUACCCUUUAUGACCAAUGCCAUUCCUCUGCUUCCUCUGGCAGGUUCCUCAACAGGUGGUAUUGGAGGACCUUCAGUUCCUCCCCGAGUUGAAGGAGCAUUUUUCCCACACCCAGGUAUAUUACAUCUAUAGACUCAUUUUCUUAUGAAAAAAAAAAAAAAACUCUAUGGUACUUCAGAAUAACGUGUUAUAAUUUUGGACACAUUGACUUUUACAAAUGUUUCCCAUGUUCCCCGUUCAGUCUGCAACUUCGAUUGCACUUUCGAGCAGGACCUCUGCAGUUUUACCCAAUUGAUGACGGAUGUUUUUGAUUGGACAAGGCACAGUGGCUCCACCCCCACUGCGAUGACUGGGCCAUCAGCUGACCACACUCAAGGAAGUAGGGUGCUCUUAGGACUUUUACCCCAAACUGAAUAACAAAAUAUAUUAAUUGCUGUCAUUGUUGGACAUUGUAAUGCUUUGUCUGAACGAUUGCAAAAACUCUAAUGCUCAAACAACAAACCUGAAAGUCAAAAUUGGAUUAAAGGACUUACCCUGUACUACUCUUUCUGCUCCAUUAACUUCAAUGGCUGUAUUGCAAGACCUACAUCCUCACAUAAACAAUCUGACCUGUCCCAUUGCUGUAUGAACUCCAGAAAGAACCCCUAAUAAAAUCUACUGCUAUCUAAAUUUAAUCUGUGACCAUAUCUCUAAUCUUAUCUAAUCUACUCUUGCCUAUAAUCUUCAGGUUCAGUUGGUCACUACUUGUACAUCGAAGCCAACAGUGUGUCUAACGGAGACACGGCUCGCCUCCUCAGCUCUGAGUGUUCUGACCCCGGUCUUCAGUGUCUGCAGUUCUGGUACCACAUGUCCGGUUCAGCGAAAACCAUGGGCUUGCACAUCUACCUACUCCAGGACCGCUACGCCGACAGGGUAUGGUGGAAGAGGAACAAUCAGGGAGACUCCUGGCAACUAGCCCAGCUGGACCUCAGGACCACUGGACCUUUCCAGGUGAGUGAGUUAUGUUAUGUGUGGUCUUGGUUUAAUCUUCCCUCUGGAGGUUGGAACAUUAAAGGUCCAAUGCAGCCGUUUUUUUAUGGUAACAAUGAAGUACCUUACGGUAAUAGAUUUCCAUUAAAAUUGGCAAAAUAGCUUUUUAGCAAAAAAAUAUGCCUCAAGCAAUAAUUUUGCUAGGACUGACUACAAGUGGUCUGAGUGGGGAGGGGAAAACUGAAAACUCGCUGUCAUUGGCAGAGAGGUUUGGAACUCUCUUUGUUUUUGGUCCCACAUCAUCAGAGCCUGGCGCAUGCUGAAAGCGGAACGAGAGAGAGUUCGGUUUGUUGUUUUGAACGUUUCUGAAAAAGUCCUUGAAAUCAAAUAGGUUACUAGCCUACCUGUUUAAUUUGGAUCACUUGCUGGGACUGCUACUAUCUGUCCCGGGAUACAGCCAAACCCUAAAGUCUGAAGAGCUGCUGCUUGGCGAAGCAGCUAGACUAGCUGCUAGCUAUUAAUCUAGCCAGGUUCCCUUGACAGUUUGAACACAGCCCGCAAAGCGGUUAGCCCUUGUGGCUGGGACCGUGGAUAGUCCUGGGCUUGUGACUGUUUAAAUCUCUGCUAUUUGUUGCUUUUUCCAUCGGCCCUGCGAGCUGUGCUGGCUGGAAUUGCAUGGAGUACCAGCGUUAGCCUAUGUUGCUACUAUCAUGCCGCCCAAAGAUAAAGAAGAUUGGAGUAAUGGAGAGGACAGUGUUUUGCUAUCACAGCUGCAUGAUAUUUUAAAUCAACAAAAAUAUGUCUACAAGCAAUUGUUACAGUAACAGGAAAAUAGCUUCAGGAGCUUUGUCCAAAUACUGGUGGACUCAACUAACAAAAUAAUGGGCAAUCUGACCAGAGAGGUCCAAGACCUUAAGAUAAGUGUUCAGUUCUCCCAGGGAGAGGUGGAUGUCCUGAAAGAGACUUGCAGCAAAAUUACAAUCAACUGUAAGUCCACACGAGAUGACAUCAGCACUGUCUGUGAAUCAUUAUUACAAAUGACUGGGAAAACAGACUAUCUAGAGGGACAAUCCGGGAGGAAUAACAUUGCUGUGGAUGGCAUACCAGAGACUCCAUAUGAGAACUGGACAGAGUCUGAGGAGAAAGAGAUACAAAUUAUAGGAUCAUAGAAAGAUUGAGGUGGAGUGCGCCCACAGGUCUGGAAAACCUGUAACCAGCCCAGUUGACAGACCCAGGCCGAUAGUGGUCAAGUUCCUAAGGACAAGAUGGCUGUUCUGGAGAGAGCCAAGAACUUCAAAGGAACCAACAUCUUCCUCAGGAGGACUUCUCUGAAGUUGUGCGCCAGAGGCGGAAAUAACUUAUCCCAGCUAUGAAAGCUGCCAGAGAGCGUGGGGGCAUUACUUAAAUCCACUUUGACAAGCUCAUUGUCCAACCUCCCUCCCAAAAGCCUGAGAGGAGUGAGAGAGCCAAGCUUCCGGGUCAGUAGCUUCAGCCCAACAUUACACACACACACACACACACACACACACACACACACACACACACACCAACUGACACUCACAAGAGCCUGAUAGACUGACUCUAUUAGCCAAACAAUGUUUAAAAGGAAAUCUCAAUAUUAUGUAUCUCUGAUAAGCUACCCAGGAAAGAGCUAAGAAUAGCCCAUAUUAAUAUACAAUAUGUAGCCUUAGUAAUAAGGUUCUUGAAAUCAAUAACUUGCUAACAUUGAAUAACAUUAAUAUACAAGCCAUCUCUGAAACUCACUUAGAUCAUUCCUUUGAUGAUACAGCAGUAGCAAUACAAGGAUAUAACAUAUACAGAAAAGACAGGCAUGGCGAUGGGGGAGGUGUUGCUGUAGAUGUUCAGAGCCAUAUUCCUGUAAAGCUAAUUAGGAUCUCAUGCCAAGUGUCGUGGUUGCAAGUUCAUAUCAUAUGAAUAUCAUCAUAUGAAUAUCAUCACAUCUUCACUAAUGCUGCAGAGCUUUGCUCUAAAUAAAUAUCAGUUCCCAUUGGCUGUAGUGAACAUAACAUUGUGGCAAAAACAAGCUGUAGCUCAGCUGGUAGAGUACGGCGCUUGUAACGCCAAGGUAGUGGGUUCGAUCCCCGGGACCACCCAUACACAAAAAAUGUAUGCACACAUGACUGUAAGUCGCUUUGGAUAAAAGCGUCUGCUAAAUGGCAUAUUAUUAUAUUAUAUAAAGCCAAAGUGCCAAAGGUUGGGCCUGAAGUAAUUUAUAAGAGAUCAUACUAAAUGUUUUCUUAGGACUCUUUUGUUGAAGAUGUAUGAAAUGUAUGUUGGUCUGAUGUGUAUGAGGAAGUGAAUGCAGAUGCAGCACUGGAAGUAUUUGUAAAAUAAUGAAUGCCAAUUGUUGACAAGCAUGCACCUGUUAAGAAAUGUACUGUGAGAACUGUUAGAGUACUCUGGAUUGAUGAUAAAUUGAAAAAUGGUAUGGUUCAAAUAAAUUAUGCAAAAGAGGUGGCAAACAAGUCAGGCUGCUCAGUUGAUUGGUUGAUAUACUGUAAAUUGAGACUAAUAUUAACAAAACCAAGAUGAAUGACAUAAAACACAAUGGAAAAAGACUUUGGAGUACCUUAAAUGACAUCAUGGGCAGAAAACCCAAUUCAUCUCCAUUGUUCAUUGACGUUGAUCGGGUAAUUUAUUUUUUAAAAACUUUCGAUAUUGCCAAUCAUUUCAAUGACUAUUUCACUAGUAAUGUGGAAAUACUCAGAAGUGAAAUGACAACAUUGAACAGUGAACCAUCACAUUUUUGUAUAAAAUAUCUAAUAAUGAAAGAGAAGGAUUGCUUUUUUGAAUUUGGUCAAGUUAGUGUGGGAAAGGUGGAAAAACUAUUGUUAUCCAUCAAUAAUGAUAAGCCACCAGGUAUAGACAACCUUGAUAGGAAACUAUUGAGAAUGGUAGCAGACUGUAUUGCCACACCUAUUUGCUAUAUCUUUAACCUUAAGGUGUGUGUGUGUGUGUGUGUGUGUGUGUGUGUCCACAGGUGUGGAAGGAAGCUAAAGUAAUUCCUCUACCUACAAAUAGUAAAGCACCCAUUACUGGCUUUAACAGCCACCCAAUCAGUUUGCUACCUGUUUUAGUAGACUGAUGCAAAGAAUUGUGUUUGACCAAAUACAAUGCUAUUUUUCAGAUGACUGAUGAUUGGUUAAAAUAAAUGGAUAAUAAGAUGAUAGUGGAGCUGUAUUGUUAGAUUUCAGUGCAGCUUUAAAUCUUAUUGAUCAUAAAUUAUUAUUGAAAAAACUAACUUGCAAUGGUUUUACAUCACCUGCCAUCACAUGGUUGGAGAGUUAUUUAUCCAAUAGAACCCAGAGAGUGUUCUUCAAUGAAAGCUUCGUAUAAAGGGUGUGACCAUUGAGCAAGUUGAGGAAGCUAAACUCUUAGGUAUAACAUUGGAUGGUCAAUUAUCAUGGUCAAGUUAUAUUGACAAAGUUGUUGUGAAGAUGUGGAGGGCUAUGUCUGUUACAAAAAUAUGUUAAGCGUUUUGUUCACAAAAAUCAACUGUGCUAGUUGUUCAAGCUUUGGUCUUGUCCCAUCUUGAUUACUGUCUGGUAAUAUGGUCAAGUGCAGCAAAGAAAGACCUAGCAAAGCUGAAGCUGGCUCAAAACGGAGCAGCACACCUUGCCCUUAACUGCACCUAAAGAAAUAACAUCAAUAUUACUGUGAUGAAAAUUCCAGGUUGUCUGCAUAAUCAAAUAACAUACAGCUCAGACACUCAUACAUACCCCACAAGACAUGCCACGAGGGGUCUCUUCACAGUCCCCAGGUCCAAAAUGAAUUCACGGCAACGCACAGUAUAAUACAGAGAAAUGAUCGCAUGGAACUCCCUUCCAUUUACGCAAGCAAACAGCAAAAUUACCUUUAAGAAAUGGAUAAAACAACAUCUCAUGGUACAAUAAGGACUGUGAAAUGACACACACACAGACACACUAUCACACUCUAACACGCACAAUCUACAUACAUUAUUCUUUAGUAGUAUUGUUUGAAUAUUGUUGUAUUUUAUAUUUGUGUGACUGUUCUUGUCUAUCAGUGUUUUGUUACUUGUCGUGUUUUAUGUUUUUGUGUGAACCCCAAGAAGAAUAGCUGCUGCUUCGGCAAAAGCUCAUGAGGAUCUGAAUAAACCAGAUAAUAUUAUCCAAUUUACCGCAUGAUGAUGUCACUGUAGAAAGCCAAAUCUCCCGCCCAUGCAAAUCUAUUGAUUAGAAGGUCCUGUGUAGAUUGUAUUUUCAACCAGCAACUAUCAGGAAAUAACACUGAUCAAAAUCUUUCACACUUCUACAGUGUUCAUUUCAUCAUCUGCUGUGCAAUAUGAUACAAAAUACAGGAAAAACACAAUUUUGACUUCACUGGGCCUUUAAGCAGCAUUGUUAAUGCUGUGUUGUAAUCUUAAAAAGUCAGACGAGUUUGGACUAACUCAGACAUGUGUACCACUAUUCAUCCGGAAGGUCCCUUUGACAAAAUGUGCUUACUGUAACUGUUUGCUAUACAGUUGAAGUCAGAAGUUUACAUACACUUAGGUUGGAGUCAUUAAAACUCAUUUUUCAACCACUCCACAAAUUUCUUGUUAACAAACUAUAGUUUUGGCAAGUCGGUUAGGACAUCUACUUUGUGCAUGACACAAGUAAUUUUUCCAACAAUUGUUUACAGACAGAUUAUUUCACUUAUAAUUCACUGUAUCACAAUUCCAGUGGGUCAGAAGUUUACAUACACUAAGUUGACUGUGCCUUUAAACAGCUUGGAAUAUUCCAGAAAAUGAUGUCACGGCUUUAGAAGCUUCUAAUAGGCUAAUUGACAUCAUUUGAGUCAAUUGGAGGUGUACCUGUAGAUGUAUUUCAAGGCCUACCUUCAAACUCAGUGCCUCUUUGCUUGACAUCAUGGGAAAAUCAAAAGAAAUCAGCCAAGACCUCAGAAAGUCUGGUUCAUCCUUGGGAGCAAUUUCCAAACGCCUGAAGGUACCACGUUAAUCUGUAAAAACAAUAGUACGCAAGUAUAAACACCAUGGGACCAUGCAGCCGUCAUACCGCUCAGGAAGGAGACGCGUUCUGUCUCCUAGAGAUGAACGUACUUUGGUGCGAAAAGUGCAAAUAAAUCCCAGAACAACAGCAAAGGACCUUGUGAAGAUGCUGGAGGAAACAGGUACAAAAGUAUCUAUAUCCACAGUAAAACGAGUCCUAUAUCGACAUAACCUGAAAGUCCGCUCAGCAAGGAAGAAGCCACUGCUCCAAAACUGCCAUAAAAAAGCCAGACUACGGUUUGCAACUGCACAUGGGGACAAAGAUCGUACUUUUUGGAGAAAUGUCCUCUGGUCUGAUGAAACUAAAAUAUAACUGUUUGGCAAUAAUGACCAUCGUUAUGUUUGGAGGAAAAAGGGGUAGGCUUGCAAGCCGAAGAACACCAUCCCAACCGUGAAGCACGGGGGUGGCAGCAUCAUGCUGAGGGUGUGCUUUGCUGCAAGAGGGACUGGUGCACUUCACAAAAUAGAUGGCAUCAUAAGGAACGAAAAUUAUGUGGAUAUAUUGAAGCAACAGCUCAGGACAUCAGUCAGGAAGUUAAAGCUUGGUCGCAAAUGGGUCUUCCAAAUGGACGAUGACCCCAAGCAUACUUCCAAAGUUGUGGCAAAAUGGCUUAAGGACAACAAAGUCAAAGACCUCAAUCCUAUAGAAAAUAAGUGGGCAGAAAUGAAAAAGCGUGUGCGAGCAAGGAGGCCUACAAACCUGACUAAUUUACACCAGCUCUGUCAGGAGGAAUGGACCAAAAUUCACCCAACUUAUUGUGGGAAGCUUGUGGAAGGCUACCCGAAACGUUUGACCUAAGUUAAACAAUUUAAAGGCAAUGCUACCAAAUACUAAUUGAGUGUAUGUAAACUUCUGACCGACUGGGAAUGUGAUGAAAGAAAUAAAAGCUGAAAUAAAUAAUUCUCUGUACUAUUAUUCUGACAUUUCACAUUCUUCAAAUAAAGUGGUGAUCCUAACUGACCUAAGACAGGGAAUGUUUACUAGGAUUAAAUGUCAGGAAUUGUGAAAAACUGAGUUUAAAAUGUAUUUGGCUAAGGUGUAUGUAAACUUCCGACUUCAACUAUAUAUCCGCUGUUAUAAAUGUUUCUCCCUGGCUAUUACUUUGAACUCAGAUCAUCUUCGAGGGCCGAAGAGGCACCACUGAUCAAUCUGAUGUGGCUAUAGAUGAUGUUUCUCUGCAUCGUGGACAGUGUGAAGGUAAGGGUCACUCCCUCCACAGUCCAUAUUGGUGAACAACACAACCACAUUUGGGGUAAUUGUUAUAAUGUUGAUAUCCCUAGAUCUGAUUAAGUCGACAACACCAACCGAAAAACCUGUGCCAGUAGACAAGUCUACCACUGCACCACCACCAGCUCCAAUUACCAUGAGACCAGUACCACUAAGACCAACAACCACUGCACCAGCUCCAACUAACUCAACCAUGACACCUAAACCCUCAGCUACUGCUAGGCCACAACCACCAACAACUAUGAGACCAGAAACAUCAAGACCAGAAACACCAGCACCACCCACAACUGAAAUAGCACGACCACCAAGACCGACAACUGCAAGACCACAACCGCCCAUCACAGCAAGACCAAGUAAGUCUUUAUGUGCCCUUUGAUAACACAAAGUUACAAUCUUCAUUCGUUACAGACCCCUCUCUAACACAAGUGUUAUACAAUCUGUAUUUUACAAAUGGAAAGACACUAAGUACAAAGAAAAUGUAAUAUGUACUUAUUCUUGCAGUCAGUGUGCUACAUAUUCUAUACACUCAACAUUAUAUUUGAAGAGUUUAAUUCAAAACACUAUAUAUCCAUUUUCAGAAAUGUUGGUAAAUUAGCUUUUAUUGUUUAAAGAAAUUAUGAAAGAGAUUGGUGUGUUUUUUCACUAUCUAAUCAUGGCAUGGGGUUGGCCAAUGACAGACAUGUAUUUGUUUCAAAUCUAUCACUUGGUUUCAUUUCAGAGAGACAAAUAAUCAUGUUUUCUGCUAAAUGCUAUAUAUCUGCCUCACUCUCAGAGAAUAAGUAGUACUACUAGGUUUUACACAGUGAAAUGUAACAAAUUACUACAUCUUUUAUAAAGAAAUGUACAAAUGAUACAUUUGUGACAUCAAUAUUUAAUGUUUAAAAAAUAUAUUUAAUACAGUAAUAUGAGAUUUGUAUGUAAAACAUUUACAUUUUAGUAAAGCAGAUGCUCUUAUCCAGAGUGAAUUACAGUAAGUGCAUUCAUCUUAAAAUAGCUAGGUGAGACAACCACACAUCAGUCAAAUAUACAGGAUACAAACAUUACAUUCCAGCUAAGCAAAUGGAUAUAUAGCAUUUGCACCCAAAGAAUGUUUACAUUUUCAUACACAUCUAAAACCUAUGAAUGAAAAAUCUGAGAACAAUAAUAUUUUACACACAUCAAUUUACCCAUAAUAAGAAAUCAUUUCUGGUGAAGAAUUGGUGGAUAGAGCGUUAAUGGAAAUAAACUCUUCAUCUGUUCUUUGCUCUCUAGCACCAUCGUGCCCAAAGAACAGCCACUUCACCCCCUGCAUCUCCGACUGCCAGCCCACCUGUAAGCACCUCCACGGCCCACCCGACUGCCACUCUGACGAGCAUUGCAUACAGGGCUGUGUGUGUGAUGACGGCUUUGUGCUCAAACAGAGGGUGUGUGUGCCCAUCCAGCAGUGUGGCUGUGUGGACAGCAAUGGCAACAGCCAUCACGUAAGUAACCUAGCACACAAUGAGAACUGCUUUAGAAGUAUGUUUGGUGUAGCCCCAGUGCCCAUAGUUACAUGUGUGAAAUCUGCAGUGUAAUGACUUUAAAGAUGGACUUUCAUUUCAGUUUAAAGAGAGCUGGUACACUGAGCACUGCCAUCAGAAGUGUGAAUGUGUUGAAGAUGAUGGUGUGGGGGAGAUCGACUGCGAUGAUGAAUAUGAGUGGGAUGGGGAUGCCAUCUGUCUUCAGAAUGAAGCCGGACAGUAUUUCUGCAAGUCAACAGGUAGGCCACACUUCUCAGAAACUUGACUCUCUUAGGAACUGGCUCCCAUAAACUCAACAGACAUUCAAUUGCAUUCAAUGCCAAUCACCUACAGACCUCUGUCAAGGCCUAAAGUUCUCUAGUUUUCUAAAACCAAAUCCAGAACAGUUAAGUCUCAUAGACCUUCACUGUUUUCUAUCAUAGUUCCUAUCUACAGUGCCAAAAGUAUUCAUCCCCCCUUGGCGUUUUUCCUAUUUUGUUGCAUUACUACCUAUAAUUUUAAUGGAUUUUUAUUUGGAUUUCAUGUAAUGGACAUACACAAAAUAGGAGCACCAUUAAUUCCAUUAUUAAAAAAUUGAAAGAAUAUGGCACCACAACAAACCUGCCAAGAGAGGGCCGCCCACCAAAACUCACGGACCAGGCAAGGAGGGCAUUAAUCAGAGAGGCAACAAAGACACCAAAGAUAACCCUGUCCAUAGGACCACUUUAAGCCAUACACUCCACAGAGCUGGGCUUUACGGAAAAGUGGCCAGAAAAAAGCCAUUGCUUAAGAAAUAAAUAAGCAAACACGUUUGGUGUUCACCAAAAGGCAUGUGGAAGAAGGUACUCUGGUCAGAUGAGACUAAAAUUGAGCUUUUUGGCCAUCAAGGAAAAUGCUAUAUCUGGCGCAAACCCAACAGCUCUCAUCACCCCGAGAACACCAUCCCCACAUUGAAGCAUGGUGGUGGCAGCAUCAUGCUGUGGGGAUGUUUUUCAUCGGCAGGGACUGGGAAACUGGUCAGAAUUCAAGGAAUGAUGGAUGGCGCUAAAUACAGGGAAAUUAUUGAGGGAAACCUGUUUCAGUCUUCCAGAGAUUUGAGACUGGGACGGAGGUUCACCUUCCUGCAGGACAAUGAACCUAAGCGUACUGCUAAAGCAACACUUGAGUGAUUUAAGGGGAAACAUUUAAAUGUCUUGGAAUGGCCUAGUCAAAGCCCAGACCUCAAUCCAAUUGAGAAUCUGUGGUAUGACUUUAAGAUUGCUGUACACCAGCAGAACCCAUCCAACUUGAAGGAGCUGAAGCAGUUUUACCUUGAAGAAUGGGCAAAAUUCCCAGUGGCUAGAUGUGCCAAGCUUAUAGAGACAUACCCCAAGAGACUUGUAGCUGUAAUUGCUGCAAAAGGUGUCUCUACAAAGUAUUGACUUUAGGGGGGGUGAAUAGUUACGCACACUCAAGUUUUCUGUUUUUUUGUCAUAUUUCUUGUUUGUUUCACAAUAAAAAAAUGUUUUGCAUCUUCAAAGUGGUAGGCAUGUUGUGUAAUUCAAAUCAUACAAACCCCCCAAAAAUCGAUUUUAAUUCCAGGAUGUAAGACAACAAAAUAGGAAAAAUGCCAAGUGGGGUGAAUGCUUGCACAAGUCACUGUAUGUGUUUUCUCACCACAUGUUGUUCCUAUGGUAUUAAUCUUGUUUCUAUUUUUGCGUUCAAGACUUCAGUGAGUGCUCUAUCAAGGGAGACUCAGAGUACAGAACAUUUAACAACAUGAAGCAUGACUUUGAGGGCACGAACUCUUACGUUCUGGUCCAGGCCACAGGCCUGUCCAAGAACCAGCCAGACAUCUACAUCGAGGCCAUCAAUGACAUCAUCAACCAGGAUGGUGAUGACAGUCAUAGUGACAGUAGCCAUGGUGACAGUAGCCAUGGUGACAGUAGUCAUGGUGAUAGCAGUGAUGAGGAUGACAAGCAUAAAGACAGCAUGAGAAGCGAGAACAAUGAAGACAAGCAUGAUCACAGCGAUGAGGACGGUGAUGAAGAUAGAAAAGAGAACAACAGCCGUCUGCGACUCAGAGGGCUGAAGAUCAGAGUCUACAACCACACAGUGGAGUUCAGGAAGAACAGGAAACUUGUUGUAAGUAUUUAGGACUUCUACGUUAUGUAAUCCGGCAAUUAUAAGGCCAUUCUUAACCUGUACUCCUCUUUACACAUUAUUUAUAAUGUUCUUUCUGAUUUGUUACCCCAUAUCUUUUUUAUGGUUGUUUUUUUGUUUUUUUACCCCGCUUUUUCUCCCCAAUUUCGAUCUUGUCUCAUCGCUGCAGCUCCCCAACGGGCUCGGGAGGCUAAGGUCGAGUCAUGCGUCCUCCGAAACAUGACCCGCCAAACUGCGCUUCUUAACACCCACCCGCUUAACCUGGAAGCCAGCCGCACCAAUGUGUCGGAGGAAACACAGUUCACCUGACAACCGAAGUCAGCCUGCAGGCUCCCGGCCCACCACAAGGAGUUGCUAGAGCACGAUGAGCCAAGUAAAGCCAACCCCAGCCAAACCCUCCCCUAACCCGGACGACGCUGGGCCAAUUGUGCACCGCCCUAUGGGACUCCCGAUCACGGCCAGUUGUGAUACAGCCCGGGAUCGAACCCGGGUCUAUAGUAUGUGCAUGCGUCUGUGUGUCUCACCCUGACCCUCAUAGCCACUGGCUAGGUGUGAUAAGAUAAAUGGUUCAUGACAGGGUUGUAGUACAUUAAACUUCAGAGGAAUGUAGAACUAGCCAUAUAUAACUUUUUCACUUCUUCCCUAUUUCCCUCCUGACCUUAAAACACACUCACUAGGCUUACUGACAUAAAUAUGUUGGAUGCCUUUAAAGGUCGACUUUGAGCAAAAACGCAAAAAUAGCUGAUCAAUGCACCAUCAUACUAGGUCAUUUAAUGCUUUAAAUAAAAAAAAUUAUGCUUUAAAAAAAAAAAAAUUUAACCUUUGUUUAACCAGGAAAGGCUCAUUGAGAUUUGAAAUCUCUUUUUCAAGAGCGUCCUGGCCAAGAUAGGCAGCACCAAGUCAUUACACAAUUACAGACAGACAACAUGAAAAACUACAAGUAAUCUAGUAAACAUCCAUAGAAAUCACAGGAGCAUAACAAAAUCAUAAAGUUUUGUGCACCCUGAUACAAACAUUAUCUGAAUGUCAGCACAACUGGACAGUUUUUGUGUUUUGGGAACAUAUAUUUUGUGAUGUUCCCACCAGACUGUUCCCACAACCUAAUGUAACAUUCUGGGAACCUUUUAAAGAACAGAUUAAAUGUGUUAUAGGAACGUUUUUGCAACAUCAACUAAAUGUUUUAUACAAACAUACAAACUUUGGGGGAAUGGUCUGUGGUGGUUGUUACAGAUUUACAUUUUAGUCAUUUAGCAGAAGCUCUUAUCCAGAGCGACUUACAGUUAGUGACUGCAUACAUUUUUCAUACUGGCCCCCCGUGGGAAUCGAACCCACAACCCUGGCGUUGCGAGCGCCAUGCUCUACCAACUGAGCUACAGAUGUUGUGCACAACAUUUUAGUGAAUGCUAGGAGAACAUUCCAAGGAUAUUUCAUCUAAAACAUUUUUGAUAAAUAAAUAGAUUUGAUCAAAAACAUUAUCUGAAUGUUUUUGGGAUGUUAUCAUCCUAAUGUUAGAUAAAACCCUAACUAUAACUUAAUGGGAAUCUUAGCUAAUGUUCUGGGAAUGUUCCCGGUUUGCUGUGUGGCUAGCUGGCCUCUGCAUAGUCCCCAACAACCGGAUGCUCCAGUUUUCAUGGGAAAUGGAAAGAGAGCCUGUGACGUGACUUCCGCUUUUAGACGUUAACAAGGCAACACUCCAUCUUAACUCCUCCACAUUUACCGGAUUGGUUGAACAGAACCUCCCUCAACAGUUUUUUUCUUCUCGUCAAGACCAGUAUGUAGGGGAUCUAGUUUCAGGUGUUUCUUUUACGCCUGCUAUGUUAGGUUACUGGCUAACUAAAGUGGCUAGCUUAGCUAACGAACUAGCUACGUCGGUCGCAGAGCGCAUGAACAGAAUGACACAUCGAUGAACCACCAAAGGCACACCCCAUUUCUGUUAGAAAAUUGAGAAAGGGGCGGAGUUGGAAAAUGUUUUGUGCCCUAAGUCGACCUAUUAAAUCAUAGCUAUAUUCCUACAGUGAAAUAAUUGUUUUCCCAAGAAAUAUAUGUGUGUAGUAGACUGCUAGCACAUUUUGACUUCUUGGCAUUGGGUCAGUAACAGUCUUUCAAGCUUGGCUGCUUUUGUUUGCCACUGUAACAACAGAUUAACUUUUAGCCCAAUUAUUUGUUUCCUCAUUGGUUGCUGCCCUCUAUUGUUGACAGAUAAGCAAAAUUACGUUGAACAUAUGAUCUCUUGCCCUUUCCUUCCUUCCUUCCAUUCUUCCUUUCUUCCCUCUCUUCUUCCUUCCUUCCUUUCUCUCCGUCUCUCUCUCUCUCUCCCCACCACGCUCCCUCUCUCCAGCUGGACGGUAGGAGCACGCAUGCCCCUGUCUCCCCAACAGGGGGUCUGAGGAUUCUGGAGACCUCCUCUCGUAUCUACCUGAAGACAGACUUUGGCCUCUCCGUGGAGUUUGAUGGAGACAGCAGAGCAGGUAACACCACUGUUACAUCACAGCCAAAGGAGAGUUUACAUUUUUGGUAUCUCACCAGUCUCUCUGAUAAUAGGACAGUAAGAUAGCUGUACAGACAGUGUUUACUGCCCAAUAUGUCUCUUAUCUGUGGACAGAUAUCAUCAUAAUAAUAUCAUUAACAUUUAUACCUUUUUUCGUAGCUUGCAGAAAGGCAACAUACUGUAUCAAUCCAAACACAUACACUACCAGUCAAACGUUUGGACACACCUACUCAUUCAAGGGUUUUUCUUUAUUUUUACUAUUUUUUACAUUGUAGAAUAAUAGUGAAGUCAUCUAAACUAUGAAAUAACACGUAUGGAAUCAUAUAGUAACCCAAAAAGUGUUAAACAAAUCAAAAUAUAUUUUAUAUUUGAGAUUCUUCAAACAGCCACCCUUUGCCUUGAUGACAGCUUUGCACACUCUUGGCAUUCUCUCAACCAGCUUCAUGAGGUAGUCACCUGGAAUGCAUUUCAAUUAACAGGUGUGCCUUCUUAAAAGUUAAUUUGUGGAAUUUCUUUCCUUCUAUACAGAAGAUACCCCUAUUUGGUAAAAUACCAAGUUCAUAUUAUGGCAAGAACAGCUCAAAUAAGCAAAGAGAAACAACAGUCCAUCAUUAGUUUAAGACAUGGUCAGUUAAUACGGAAAAUGUCAAGAACUUUGAACGUUUCUUCAAGUGCAGUCGCAAAAACCAUGUAGCGCUUUGAUGAAACUGGCUCUCAUGAGGACUGCCACAGGAAUGGAAGACCCAGAGUUACCUCCGCUGCAGAGGAUAAGUUCAUUAGAGUUACCAGCCUCAGAAAUUGCAGCCCAAAUAAAUGCUUCACAGAGUUCAAGUCACAGACACAUAUCAACAUCAACUGUUCAGAGGGGACUGUGUGAAUCAGGCCUUCAUGGUUGAAUUUCUGCAAAGAAACCACUACUAAAGGACACCAAUAAGAAGAAGAGACCUGCUUUGGCCAAGAAACAUGAGCAAUGGACAUUAGACCGGUGGAAAUUUGUCCUAUGGUCUAGAGUCCAGAUUUGAGAUUUUUGGGUCCAACCACCGUGUCUUUGUGAGACGCGGUGUGGGUGAACGGAUGAUCUCUGCAUGUGUAGUUCCCACCAUAAGUUAUGGUGUGGGGGUGCUUUCCUGGUGACACUGUCUGUGAUUUAUUUAGAAUUGAAGGCGCACUUAAACAGCAUGGCUGCCACCGUAUUCUGCAGUGAUACGCCAUCCCAUCCGGUUUGGGCUUAGUGGGACUAUCAUUUGUUUUUCAACAGGACAAUGACCCAACACACCUCCAGGCUGUGUAAGGGCUAUUUUACCAAGAAGGAGAGUGAUGGAGUGCUGCAUCAGAUGACCUGGCCUCCACAAUCCCCCGACACCAGAGUGAAGGAAAAGCAGCCAACAAGUGCUCCGCAUAUGUGGGAACUCCUUCAAGAUGGUUGGAAAAGCAUUCCAGGUGAAGCUGGUUGAGAGAAUGCCAAGAGUGUGCAAAGCUGUCAUCAAGGCAAACAGUGGCUAUUAAAUAGAUUUGUAUUUGUUUAACACUUUUUUGGUUACUACAUGAUUCCAUAUGUGUUAUUUCAUAGUUUUGAUGCCUUCACUAUUAUUUUACAAUAUAGAAAAUAGUAAAAAGAAGGAAAAAUCCUUGAAUGAGUAGGUGUGUCCAAACUUUUGACUGGUACUGUAUGUGUAUGAUGUGCCAUAAAAUGUAAUGUGUAUGAUGUGCUAUAGAUGUGUAUUGUACGCUUUAUGAUAUACAGUAAACUGCUUUAUGAUAUGCAGUAAACUGCUUUAUGAUAUGCGGUAAACUGCUUUAUGAUAUACAGUAAACUGCUUUAUGAUAUACAGUAAACUGCUUUAUGAUAUACAGUAAAAUGCUUUAUGAUAUAUAGUAAACUGUUACAGAACAUAGACAUACUGACAGAAUGAACUCACAUCCAUGUAUUUAUUUUCCAUAGUAAUCAUCCUGCCCCACAUCUACAAGAGGAGAUUGGGAGGCCUAUGUGGCAACUUUGAUGACAAGAAGAAGAAUUACGUGAGGAAGCCGAACGGUAACCAGGCCAAGAGCGUCAAAUAA